AUGGUGAGCGCUUCCGCCGCCUUCGGCUUCGCCUACCUCUACCUGUGUUUGGCCUUCGCCGCCCUCGAGCUCUCCACCUUCCUGGACUCGCAGUGCGGUGCCGUCACGGGCACCACGACAUGCGCUGAAGCCCCACUGUUCCACAGCGCGGCCGAGGUUUUGCCGCCGUUGGCUGCGGUGGUGGUCCUCUUCGUCGCCGUCGCGCUCACCUACCGUCACCUGAGUCAUCGCCACGCCUACGCCGUCCCCGUGGCCGGCGCGGGAAACGGGCGGCGCUCGAUCUCGGGGUCUGGGCUCGUCAUGUUCGUGCUAUGCGUCUCCGCUGGCACGCUCGAGUUCAUCGUGUUCGGGGGGCAGGCUGCCGGUGGUGGUGCCGAUCACGGCGCGCUCGGCCUGGCUGCUCUCCGCGCGCUGCCUGCCGCGGCGACGGGCACGUUCUUUAUCGGGAUGAUGUUGAUCAUCGUCGCGCACGUCCGACCCGGCGGCGAGGGUGGCGGUGGUGCCGUCGCCGCAGACGGGCAGAUCCAGGGGCUCCUGCGCCUCCUCGCCAAGGUCGCGGCCGGAGCGGCGGCGGCACUCGUCGUCUUAAUGGCCAUGGCCCUCACUCUCCACGGAGCCAAAUACUAA